UCCUGCACCAUGAGUGUGGGUGAGGAUGCUGAGUGGCUGCAGUGGGUGACCAAGCAGUUUGGGAGCAUUGCUGGGGAGGACAAAGAAAUCAGCUUGGAGGAGUUCAAAACUGCUCUCCAGGUGAAGGAGUCCUUCUUUGCUGAGAGGUUCUUUGCUCUGUUUGACACGGAUGGGAGUGGGACCAUCAGCUUGGAGGAGCUGCUGAGAGCCCUGAGCCUGCUCGUGCAUGGCACUGAGAUGGACAAGCUGAGGUUCCUCUUCCAGGUGUAUGAUGUGGAUGGCAGUGGCUGCAUCGAGCCGGAGGAGCUGUGCGUGGUGCUGCGGUGGUGCCUGCGGGAGAGCGCCAUCGCCCUGCCCGAGCAGCGCCUGCGGGACCUCACCUUCGCCCUCUUUGAGGCUGCCGACAAGGACCACAGCGGCUCCAUCACUUUCGAGGAACUCAAGGAGGAGCUGGAGGCUUUCCCAGAGGUCAUGGAGAACCUGACCAUCAGUGCAGCGAGCUGGCUGAAGCCCCCAGCAGCCGUGGAGAGGAGCCACCAGCCACGCUGCCUGAGCUGGGCCUACUGGCACAACCACUGUGGCACCCUGGCCUUCCUGGGGGGCUACACCAGCAUCAACCUCCUGCUCUUCUCCCUGGCUGCCCUGCACCACGCCAGCCGUGGCGGCUGGGUGAUGGUGGCCAGAGGCUGUGGGCAGUGCCUGAACUUCAACUGCACCUUCCUAGCAGUGCUGAUGCUGCGGAGGUGCCUGACCUGGCUGCGGGCCACCCCCUUGGCCAAGGUUUUGCCCCUGGACCAGCACGUUGUCUUCCACCAGCUCGUGGGGUACGUGGUGCUGGCACUGGCAGCUGCCCACACAGGUGCCCACCUUGCCAACUUCAGCAGGCUGGCGCAGCAGGACGGGCACCAUGCCCUCACGGAGUACCUCUUCUCAGCCCUGCCCGAGGUGGGGGGCCUGGGGGGCACGGCCUCACAGACAGGACUGGCACUCCAGGGGCUGCUGGCCGCCAUGCUCGCCUUCUCCAGCCCCUGCGUCCGGCGGAGCGGCCACUUCGAGGUCUUCUACUGGACCCACCUCUCCUACAUCUCUGUCUGGACCCUCCUCAUCCUCCAUGGCCCCCACUUCUGGAAGUGGUUUGUGGUUCCUGGUUGCCUCUUUGUGCUGGAGAAGGUGCAGGGCUUGGCUUGGCGGCGUGCUGGGGGGCUGCGCAUCGUGGAGGUCAACCUGCUCCCCUCCAAGGUGACUCACCUUGUGAUUGAGAGACCACAGUCUUUCCACUACAAGCCUGGAGACUACAUCUACCUGAACAUCCCAGCCAUUGCCACCUACGAGUGGCAUCCCUUCACCAUCAGCAGUGCCCCUGAGCAGCAAGAGACCCUCUGGCUGCACAUCAGGUCUCUGGGGCAGUGGACCAACAAGCUCUAUGAAUACUUCCAGGAGCCCAAAUGUCCCAGCCCAGAGCCAAAACCACUCAGCAGGAGCCUGAGGGAGAAGAGACAUCAGCACUGGGUGCAGGUUGGUGCCGAUGGGGCUCAGCUGCUGGGUGAGACCCAUCGGCUCUGCAGCGUCAAGUGCUACAUCGAUGGCCCCUACGGGACCCCAGCGCGGAGGAUCUUCAGCUCGGAGCACGCGGUGCUGAUCGGCGCCGGCAUCGGCAUCACCCCCUUCGCCUCCAUCCUGCAGAGCAUCAUGUACAGGUACCGCCGGCGAAAGCAGAGCUGCCCCAGCUGCCACUACUCAUGGUGUGAGGACCUGCAGGACGAGGAGAUGAUGCUCAGGAAGGUUGACUUCAUCUGGAUAAACCGGGACCAGAAGCACUUUGAGUGGUUUGUCAGCCUGCUAGCAAAGCUGGAAAUGGAGCAGGCUGAGCACGAGCCAGGAGGGAGGUUCCUGGAGAUGCACAUGUACAUGACAUCAGCCCUCAGCAAGAAUGACAUGAAAGCCAUCGGGCUGCAGAUGGCCCUGGACCUCCUGGCCACCAAGGAGCAGAAGGAUUCGAUCACAGGACUUCGGACCAGGACCCAGCCUGGCCGCCCUGACUGGAGCAAGGUGUUUGGGAAGGUGGCAGAGGAGAAGAGAGGGAAGGUCCAGGUCUUCUUCUGUGGCUCACCAGCGCUUGCCAAAGUCAUCAGGGCUCAAUGUGAGCACUUUGGCUUCCGCUUCUUCAAGGAACACUUCUAA